AUGGCUUCUCCAGUAGACACAGUGGCCUUCAUAGGGCUUGGCGUAAUGGGUUUCCCUAUGGCGAAAAACCUGCUGUCGGGUUUAGGGCCAGAAAAGACACUUCUCAUAUGCGACGUGAGCGAACAAGCGCUAGACCGAUUCGUGAAUGAAGCACAAGGGCGGGCCGCCGUCAAAAUUGUCAGCAACGGUUUUGAAGCAGCAAAAGCAGCAGAUACCAUCAUCACCAUGCUUCCUAGGUCAGACGCUGUCAAGACUGUUUACCUAGACGAGAAAACUGGCAUCCUCGCUGGUGCUGUUGCAGCAGUGAAGUCGGGAUCACCGUCGCCUAAGCUCAUCAUGGAAUGUGGAACGAUAGAAACUGAGACUAUCUUGGCCGUUGCGAAAGCGACUCAAGAACUCAGUGCAUCGAAACUUGAGGGAACCCUAACGUUCGUUGAUGCACCUGUCUCAGGUGGUCCUAUGGGGGCUGAAGCUGGUACACUGACAUUCAUGGUUGGUUGUCCGCCAGCUGUGUCAGAUGCCGUCUUUCCAAUCGUGAAAUCAUAUCUGAAGCACAUGGGCAAGGAGAAGGAGACCUUUUUGUGCGGUGAUGUCGGAGCCGGCACUGCAUUCAAGGUCAUCAACAAUUAUCUCAGCGCUAUCACAUCGCUCGCCGCAUCCGAGGCUCUCAACAUAGGGACUAAGGCCGGCCUAGACGUGAAGCUCCUGACUGACGUUAUAAACGCUAGUGGUGGGCAGUGUUGGGUCACUAGUCAUAGUAACCCGGUCCCAGGGGUGCAAACGAAUGUCCCGAGUAGUAGGGAUUAUAAUGGUGGGUUUAGAAUCGAGCUGUGCGCUAAGGUAUUAAGCAUGGGAAGUAAAUUGGCUGAGAGUGUAGGUGCCCGAACAGUUUUAGAUCAGCCAACACAAGAAGCGUUCCGUGAGGCGAUGGCAGAUGAGAGGUAUAAGGGAAAGGACGCAAGGGUUGUUUACAAGUGGCUGAAUGAGAGUGUGAGAUAG